AUGAACCGGCAACCUUACGGCGUGAGAGGGGGAGGCGGGGGCAGAUCUUACAGCACUGUCUCGGCUAUUAUUCCAAGCAGCAACAGGGCUGCCUUUAGUUCGAUGUCUGUGGCACGAUCUGGAGGAGGUGGAGGUGGUUUUGGAAGGCUCAUCGGAGGAGGUGGCGCUGGCGGCUGCGGUUUUGGCAGCAGGAGCCUCUACAACCUUGGUGGCAGCAAGAGGAUAUCCAUCGGUGUUGGAAGCAGCUUCCGAGCUGCUUUUGGGAGUGGAGCUGGUGGUGGCUCUGGCCUGGGAGGUGGCAGCGGUGGUGGCUGUGGACUCGGUGGUGGCUGUGGACUCGGUGGUGGUGGAGCUGGUGGUGGUCUUGGACUUGGUCUCGGUGGUGGAGGGGGUGGAUAUGGCUUUGGUGGAGGUGCUGGUGGGCCUGGCUUUGGUGGUGGACAGGGAGGUGGUGGUGGGUUUGCCUUUGGUGGGGUAGGGGGGCUGGGAGGAUUCAGUGGAGGGCUCGGUGGUGGCAGAAGCCCAGUGGGAUUUGGUGGUGGCCCACCUGGCGUCAGCACAAUACAAGAAGUGACUGUCAACCAAAGUCUCCUGGCACCGCUGAACCUGGAGAUAGAUCCAAACAUCCAUCAGGUGCGAAAAGAUGAGAAGGAGCAAAUCAAGACCCUCAACAACAAGUUUGCCUCUUUCAUUGACAAGGUUCGCUUCCUGGAGCAGCAGAACAAGGUGCUUGAGACCAAAUGGACCCUCCUGCAGGACCAAGGUCAAAAAAAUAACUCAGGCAAAAACAACUUGGACCCACUCUUUGAGGCUUACAUCAACAACUUGAAACGGCAGCUGGCCAAUCUGCUCAAUGAGAGAGGACGCAUGGACGGGGAGCUGAAGAACAUGCAAGACCUCGUUGAGGACUUCAAGAACAAAUAUGAAGAGGAAAUCAACCGACGCACAGCAGCAGAGAAUGAAUUUGUGGUGCUGAAGAAGGAUGUGGAUGCUGCUUACAUGAAUAAGGUGGAGCUGGAGGCCAAAGUGGAUGCCCUGACCGAUGAGCUCAGCUUCCUCCGAGCCCUCUACGAUGCGGAGCUGGCUCAGCUCAGCGCACAAGUGUCCGACACCUCCGUCAUCCUGUCAAUGGACAACAACCGGGACCUGGACCUGAGCAGCAUCAUAGCUGAAGUCAAAGCUCAGUACGAAGACAUUGCUAACAGGAGUCGGGCCGAGGCGGAGGCUUGGUACCAAACCAAGUUUGAGGAGCUGCAGGCCACAGCUGGGAAGCAUGGGGAUGACCUGCGCAACACAAAGGGGGAAAUCUCUGAGCUCAACCGGCUGAUCCAGAGGAUCCGGUCAGAGAUAGAGAACAUGAGGAACCAGUGUGCCACCCUGCAGACAGCCAUCGGAGACUCCGAAGAGCGUGGGGAGCUGGCCCUCAAAGAUGCCAAGGCAAAGAUAAUUGACCUGGAAGAUGCCCUGCAGAAGGCCAAGGCUGACAUGGCCCGGCAGCUCCGCGAGUACCAGGAGCUCAUGAACGUCAAGCUGGCCCUGGACAUCGAGAUCGCGACCUACAGGAAGCUGCUGGAGGGCGAGGAGAGCAGGUUGAGCGGAGAGGGACUCAACCCCAUCAGCUACUCUGUCAUCAGCUCCAGCUCCGGCAUGGCUGGUGGAGCUGGGUUAGGAGGAGGAUUUGGUGGACUGAGCCUCAGUGGAGGAGGCGGCGGAAGCGGUUUUGGUCUUGGAGGAGGUGGUGGAAGCGGUUUCAGUCUUGGAGGAGGUGGUGGAAGCGGUUUUGGUCUUGGAGGAGGCGGCGGUGGUGGUGGAGGCUACAGCUUUGGAAGCGGAGGAGGACUUGGACUUGGGGGUGGUGGUGGUCUUGGAGGCGGAUUUGGAGGAGGCAGCGGUCUCGGCACUGCAAGCGGUCUUGGCUACGGAGGAGGUGGCGGCAGCGGUCUGAGCACUGGCGGAGGGAAUUUCAGCUCUGGAAGCGCAAAAGGCACCAACCCGGGUGUGAAAAUUGUCUCUAAAACCUCCUCCAGCAAGAAAAGCAUAAAAAGCCAAAGCCUGAAGAAUGCUACACAGCCUGAGUAGACCCAACACCUGACCCUCCCCAAACCCACUACUCCUGCUGCUCCAUUACUCCUGUACCGCUCCUGCACACCACCAUCCCCGCCACCCACCCCUGUCCCGGCUCCUUGCACCUUACUUCUUCAGCAUUUGGAUCACAGUUCAAGAAAAGAAGCAGAGCACGCGUUAACCAGAUCUCUCAAAGUACCUCAAAGAGGAUUAAAAAGAAAACACAGGCCUGA